AUGUUUAAGUUUAUUCUAUCGUGCAUUGUAUUUGGUACUGUUAUGUGUAGUUUGUCCUCAGAAUGGGAGAGAUUUAAACGUGAUUAUGGAAAACAAUAUGCAACGGAUGCGGAGGAAGUAAAGCAUAAACAACUUUUUAUUGAAAAUAUUCAGCGAAUGCAUCGUUUUCAACAAACUCAUCCAGAUGCAACAUUUACAAUGAAAAUCAACCAUCUUGCUGAUCAACGAAUUGAAGAUCUUGUCUCCAAAAAACGCAGUGUAGUGAACACUGUUCAUUCAACAUCGUUCAAAGAAUCCGCCGAAGUAAAAGAUCUUCCUGCAUCGCUCGAUUGGCGAGUGAAAGGUGUCAUCUCGCCCGUUCAAAACCAAGGUCGAAUACAAGAGAUGGUUCUUUCUGUUGUUAGUACUGAAAUCAUCGAAAGUCUCCAUGCCAUCAAAACCAAAAAGCUUGUACAGGGCAGUAGUGCUCAAGUGUUUGAUUGCUGUCAAACGAUCGACGAUCCAUUUGAUUGCCUGAAAAAUCUCACGGGUAUUUGUCGACAAAGUGACUAUCCGGACAUUCUCCGUCAAUGCAAUCCGAACCAAUGUCCAAUAUACGCUAAAUUCGAUACAAUCAAUCGUCUUACAAGCAAAAGUGAAACUACCAUGUUGAGUUGGAUUCAAGAUUCUACUCUAUGGGCCGGUAUAGAUGCUAGCGCGGAAAGUUUUAUGUUAUAUGAUAAAGGUGUUUAUGAUGUGCCGAAUUGUGAACAGACGAUUUGGGAUCAUGUGAUACAAAUUGUUGGUUAUGGUGUUGAAAAAGGAAGACCAUUUUGGAUAUGCAAAAAUAGUUGGGGGGAAACUUGGGGUGAGAAAGGAUAUAUUCGUAUUGUACGUGGGAAAAAUAUGUGUGGUAUCGCUAGUCAUGUUAUACAAUUAGAUAGUAAACAAACGAGUGGCGCUAAUAGACCAGGUGACAUCAUCUCAAUCUAUUUCCUCGUUCUACUUGUGACAAUGGCAGCCAAAAUGGGCGAUCAAUUUAAUUAA